GUCGUUGCUUUUCCGGCUCUCAUCCUCGGCGUCUGCGCUGCCUCGGCCGCCCGGCAGCCAUGUCGGGGUUCAGCCCUGAGCUGAUCGACUACCUGGAAGGGAAAAUCUCCUUUGAAGAGUUCGAAAAGCGGAGAGAAGAGAGAAAAACCCGCGAGAAGAAAGAAAAAGGAAAACCAUCAGUUGGAGAGAAUCUACAUGAUGCUGAAGUUCCAUCAUCAUCAGGAAUUGACUCAACCAAAUCCCUGGACAAAGAUGCCAGUGAAGGAGAAACAUCGGAUGGUGUGAGUAAGUCAGUACACAAGGUCUUUGCUUCCAUGCUCGGAGAGACUGAAGAUGAUGAGGAAGAGGAGGAAGAAGAAGAGGAAGAGGAGGAAACACCUGAGCAACCCACUGCAGGGGACGUAUUUGUGUUGGAGAUGGUUCUCAAUCGUGAAACCAAAAAAAUGAUGAAAGAGAAAAGGCCUCGGAGUAAACUACCCAGAGCUCUGAGGGGUCUCAUGGGUGAAGCGAAUAUUCGCUUUGCUCGGGGAGAACAUGAAGAGGCCAUAUUGAUGUGCAUGGAAAUCAUAAGACAAGCUCCUUUGGCUUAUGAGCCAUUCUCUACUCUUGCCAUGAUAUAUGAGGAUCAAGGUGACAUGGAAAAGUCAUUGCAAUUUGAGUUGAUUGCUGCACAUUUAAAUCCCAGUGACACAGAAGAAUGGGUUAGACUGGCAGAAAUGUCUCUGGAACAAGACAAUAUUAAGCAGGCCAUUUUUUGCUAUACAAAAGCUCUUAAAUAUGAGCCUACAAAUGUUCGCUAUCUGUGGGAGAGAUCAAGCCUUUAUGAACAGAUGGGUGAUCAUAAAAUGGCCAUGGAUGGGUAUAGGCGUAUUUUAAAUCUCUUGUCUCCAUCUGAUGGUGAUCGUUUUAUGCAAUUGGCUAGAGAUAUGGCAAAGAGUUACUAUGAAGCCAAUGAUAGUACUUCAGCUAUUAAUAUUAUUGAAGAAGCUUUCUCAAAACACCAAGGCCUAGUUUCCAUGGAAGAUGUUAACAUCGCAGCCGAGCUAUAUAUUUCUAACAAGCAGUAUGACAAAGCUCUGGAGGUGAUUACCGAUUUUUCUGGAAUUAUUCUAGAAAAAAAUGGUUCAGAAGAAGGCGUCUCAGAAGAAAAUAAAGCUGAUGAGAACAUUUCCUGCACUAUACCUGAUGGUGUGCCAAUUGAUAUCACAGUGAAGUUGAUGGUCUGCCUUGUACAUCUCAACAUCCUUGAACCACUUAAUCCUCUCUUGACAACGCUGGUAGAACAGAAUCCUGAAGAUAUGGGAGACCUCUAUCUAGAUGUUGCUGAAGCUUUCCUGGAUAUUGGUGAAUACAAUUCUGCACUGCCCCUCCUCAGUGCACUAGUUUGCUCUGAAAGAUACAACCUUGCAGUUGUUUGGCUACGGCAUGCAGAAUGUUUAAAGGCCUUGGGCUAUAUGGAACGUGCUGCUGAAAGCUAUGGCAAAGUUGUUGAUCUGGCACCACUCCAUCUGGAUGCAAGAAUUGCACUCUCUAUCCUUCAGCAGCAGCUGGGCCGCCCCGAGAAAGCUCUGGAAGCUCUGGAACCAAUGUAUGACCCAGACACAUUAGCACAAGAUGCAAAUGCUGCCCAGCAGGAACUGAAGUUGUUGCUUCAUCGUUCAACUCUGUUGUUUUCACAAGGCAAAAUGUAUGGAUACGUGGAUACCUUACUGACCAUGCUGGCCAUGCUUUUGAAGGUAGCUAUGAAUAGAGCCCAGGUUUGCUUGAUAUCCAGCUCCAAAUCUGGGGAGAGGCACCUCUACCUUAUUAAAGUAUCAAGGGACAAAAUAUCCGACAACAAUGACCAAGAGACAGCAAAUUAUGAUGCAAAAGCAAUAUUUGCUGUCCUCACAAGUGUCUUGCCAAAAGAGGACUGGUGGAACCUUCUUUUGAAGGCCAUAUACUCCUUAUGUGAACUUUCCCGAUUCCAAGAAGCUGAAUUGCUUGUAGAUUCUUCACUGGAAUAUUUUUCAUUUUAUGAUGACAGACAGAAACGCAAAGAACUAGAAUACUUUGGUCUGUCUGCUGCAAUUCUGGACAAAAAUUUCAGAAAAGCAUAUGAUUAUAUCAGGGUAAUGGUAAUGGAAAAUGUCAAUAAACCCCAGCUCUGGAAUAUUUUCAAUCAAGUUACUAUGCACUCCCAAGAUGUACGACAUCAUCGCUUCUGUCUCCGUCUAAUGCUGAAAAACCCAGAUAAUCAUGCCCUGUGUGUUUUAAAUGGACACAAUGCAUUUGUAUCUGGUAGCUUCAAACAUGCACUUGGACAGUAUGUGCAAGCCUUUCGUGCCUGUCCCAAUGAGCCACUCUAUAACCUCUGCAUUGGCCUGACCUUUAUCCACAUGGCGUCUCAGAAGUAUGUGCUGAAGAGACACGCUCUCACAGUGCAGGGUUUUUCCUUCCUUAACCGAUACCUCAGUAUUCGUGGACCUUGCCAGGAAUCAUUCUACAACUUGGGCCGUGGCCUUCAUCAACUGGGGCUAACUCAUCUUGCAAUCCACUAUUACCAAAAGGCCUUGGAGCUCCCACCAAUUGUUGUUGAGGGCAUAGAAGUUGACCAGUUAGACUUAAGAAGAGAUAUUGCCUACAACAUGUCUGUCAUUUAUCAGGGCAGUGGGAAUAUUACAAUGGCUAAGAAGCUUUUGUAUACCUAUUGCUGUAUCUAAAGCACCCCAGGAACUUGGACGCGGCUGUGGUUAGUUCAGUAUCUCCUGCCUGAGGGCUCAUUAUGUUUAACAUCUGCCCCUGCAGUACCACCACCGCUGUGUUCCUGCCACUUACCCUCAGAACUGCAGACUUGCUGCUAGGGAUGUAGCUCAGUGGUAGAGUGCUUAGCAGACAUGAAGUCCUGAAUUUAAUUCAUAACACUGCAAAAAUCAAACAAAAGACUGCAUUUAUCUGUUGGUAUACCUGCAAAAGUACCAUUCCUGUAAAGAUUUGCAUAUUGAGCACUGUGUAGUAAAAUUAUUUCCACUGAUAAAAUGGACCACAUUUGCUUCUAAACCAGCUCAAAAUUGUGUAUAUUGUUUUUUCAUUUAUUCAUGUGUGCAUUUGAUACUAUAUACUAAAUACCUUUGUAUCAAGCACUUUGAUAGGUGCUGGGAAUCCAGUCAUAAGACAGAUAGGGUUGUCCUGGUGGAAUUGUAAUUACCACUGGAUACAAUUCUUUCUUCUUCCUUUGCUACAUACAACCCAGGAUCUUAUACCGUGCUAGACUUUCCCACUGAGCUACAUUUACAGCCUAUACAAUUGCUUAAAUGCAAAUACAUAGCAUGAGCAUAUGUUUAUUUGAAAGAAUUGUUUGUUGUAUCAUUGAUGUCAGUCUUUCCCUUAGAGCUUUGUUACUAUUCCAUGAGGCAGUUGUACAAAUAUGAGGUAAAUGAGUUCGCUUAUAUAGACCAAUAUGAUUUUAAGGCAGUUACUUGAAAUCAGCAUUAAACAAAUUAUUUAAAGUGAUUAUAAGGUAGGAAAAUAAUUGACACAAUAUUUCAGUUUUCAUAUAUGAGUGUCUUAUUUACAUAGACUGUAAGACUGGAAAUGGGGCUUAAUUCAAAAUGUGUUGCUCCAAGGCAAAUAAAACAAUAUUUUAUUAUAUAUUUAGCUUGCCAACAGGAGAAUAGAAAAGAUCAAGUUCAAUAACAUGACCAGGUUUCCAUUUCCAGGUCACUAGUAAUGUAGAAAAGAUUGGGGAAGUUAGAUAAAUGGAAUAAGUGUUGCUGGUGAUAUUAAAAAAUGAUGAAAAUAUUUUGCAGCAUUGUGUGUCCUUUAAGCUAAAGAAACUUGCCAGAUAUAUGUGGUAUGAUAAGUUUUCUUGUGGAGGGGAAGUAAAUGCCAUAGCAUAAGAUGGUAAGACUAGUCCAUUUGUGGGAAUACUUCAGAUCAAAGAUAGAAAAUGGUAACUUCCUUAUAGCUGUUCAUACUAUAUACAUAACUUUCUAGUUGAGAAAUAGAAGUUGAAUGUAAAUGUAUUUUGUAUUCUGUAUGCAUCUGUAUAUAAUUUAAAUAAAUUCUAUUUUUAUAGCUGA